GCGAGACGAUACUCCAAUGCUCAGGAAUGCAGUGUCGUGAAGAUGAGAGAACAAGGUUGUGCUAAGCAGGUGACUAACCAAGAAGAGAGGAGGCCGUGGCGAAGGUGGGAGGGACAGAGAGCAACAUGAGGGCAAACACUUCACAGUGGAUGGGCGUGAGAGUUUCACCGACUUGAGUUUCUCAGCAAGUUGUCAUUCCACAACUUCUACAGCACCGGGUCUCCGCGGCGCCGGGCCUCGGACUGACAAGACCAUGUGUGGACAAUGAAAACCAAAACCAAAACUUUCAGGAGGAAAAAAAAAAGAUUCACGUGAAAGUUGACACCCGAAAAGGGGCUUUUUGUUUGGACUCAACAAGACUCAAGAUUCUCAAUAGGACCUUGAUUCUGGAUCAUCUGGAUAACUAAGCGCUCGCUGAAGGUGUGUACUGUCAGUUAAAGUUCGAUCAGAAAUGUCUAAAUCUCCUAGGACACGUGAAGAGAAGCUUGAGGAUGUCCCACUGACCAUCAUGGGUGCAGCCGCCCGGCAGAACCGCUACGCAACCAGCUCCAGAUGGUGCCGCUGCGAUGACCCGCACCACCGGAAGCUCGCCAUCUGCAGCAUCAUCUGCGGCAUCACCUGCAUCGGAAUCAGCGCGCUGACAAAUUCGGUCGAGGCGGAGCGGGAGGAGGAUCCAGAGAGAGCCGCGGCGUUUACAAGGCGGGCGAAGAAGUUCGGCAUCAUCUCCAUCGUGGUUUGGGUUUCCGUGCUGAUUUUAACGCCCAUCCUCUUUAUGUUGGUCUCAUAUCUCAUCACUCUGGGAGACUGAUGGAGGGCCAGGACACGGACACACACGGCCCGGCUGCUGACCCGGUCCACCCUUUUGUACUCACACUGAAGCAGGUCAAGGAUGAGCACAGAUGUUACGACUCUUGCGUGUUUCUUUUUUUAUAUGCGGUAAUAUUUAUUCAACAAUAUAUGAACAUGGACAAAUCCAAAUAACAAUAUAAAAAUCCAGGGGUACCUGUAGUUUGGGACAUGACACAUUAUAUUUAAAAUACUAGAAUGUCAAUCUUCAUUACAAACCCAAUCCUUAAGGGUAACAUAUUCUUACAGUACAAGUUAAUAAAUUACUCCGUCUGUCUAAAAUGUCCCGACAUUAACUUGUAUGUCCCCAGUAAAGACCCAAUCCUAGAUCUACAUGUGAAGGCCCUGAUCUUAUUGCCAUAUGUUACCAUGUUAGCUUUGUUGUCAAAUGUAUCAAGCUGUUGUACUUUUAUAUAAACAAACUAUUUCACAAGAAAAA